AUAACUCCAUAGAUUUUGAAACUGGGAAAAUCAGUUGAGGAAGAAAGGGUAAUGAAAACAGUAGAGAGCUAAUGGCAGAGAGUGCAGUAAAGUUUCUGCUCGACAAGGUUGCACCUCUUUUCGAAAAUGAUCUGCAACUUUUGGGAGGGGUUAGGGAAGAAAUUGUGUAUCUGAGAGGGGAACUGGAGCGCAUGACCGCGUUUCUGAGGGUUGCUGAUGCAUUUGAAGAGAGUGAUGAGGAAGUCAAAGUAUGGGUUAAUCAAGUACGAGACAUUGCUCACGAUAGUGAAGAUGUGCUGGAUGAAUUUACACUUAUCCAGGCACAUGAUCAUGGGACGGGGUUCUAUGGUUCCAUCCAUAGGUUUUCGUGUUGUAUUAAGAACAUGAAAGCUCAAUAUCGAGUUGCUGCUGAGUUACAAGACAUCAACAAGACAAUCAGAAAAAUCUCGGAGGUUCAUAGGAGACUCCGUCACAAGUUUAAUAUGGCUGAACAAGGGUCAAGCUCUUCAACCGCAAGUCAAAUGUGGGAGGACCAUCGUAGUGAUGCUCUACUUUUAGAGAAAACUGAUAUAGUUGGCAUUGACGAGCCUAUAAAACAGAUGGUAGGGUGGCUUGUCAACGGUGGUUCUGGACGAGAAGUAGUUUCUGUGGCUGGCAUGGGAGGACUGGGGAAGACAACCCUGGCAAAGCAAGUCUAUGAUGCAGCAGAAGUGAAGAAGCAUUUCAAAGUAAGUGCUUGGAUCACGGUUACUCAGUCUUUCAAACUUGGGGAACUCCUCGAAGACAUGAUCCAACAACUCCACAAAGCCAUCCGAAGGCCAGCUCCGCAAGGAACCAACAACAUGAACAACAAUCAGCUGAAAACAAUAAUCAAGGACUUCCUGCAGAAAAGGAGGUACCUAAUUGUUCUCGAUGAUGUGUGGCACUUGUACGUAUGGGAGUCUCUGAAGUAUGCGUUGCCUAACAAUACUUGUGGCAGCCGAGUCAUACUAACUACUCGAAAAGCUGAUGUAGCCUCAACAACCAGCAAAGAAUCUGGAGGUAGAGUCUUUAAUUUGAAGCCUUUGCCGCUGUUGGAAUCAUGGGAGCUUCUAUGCAAGAAGACAUUCCAAGGGAACUCAUGCCCUCCUUAUUUAGAGGAUAUCGGUAAUUCUAUCUUAAGAAAGUGCGAGGGGCUGCCCCUCGCAAUUGUGGCGGUCAGUGGUAUUUUGGCUACCAAAGACAAGCGGAGGAUCGACCAGUGGGAUAUGGUUGGCCAUAGCCUUGGUGCUGAAAUGGAGGGCAAUGACAAACUCAAGGACUUGAAAAAAGUACUUUUGCUCAGCUUUAAUGACUUGCCUUACCAUCUCAAGUCUUGCUUCUUGUACCUGAGCAUCUUUCCCGAGGAUCAUCUAAUCGAGCAUAUGAGACUUGUUCGGUUAUGGAUGGCAGAGGGUUUUAUUGAAGCGAAACAAGGCAAAACAUUAGAAGAUGUUGCAGAGGACUACCUCAAUGAACUGUUGAAUAGAAGCAUGAUUCAAGCGGCAGAGACAACAAGUUAUGGAAGGAUCAAAAGCUUUCGUGUCCAUGAUCUUCUCCGAGAGAUUAUCACCUCUAAGAUAAGAGAUCAGAACUUUGCCACAAUAGCUAAAGAGCAAAACAUACCAUGGCCUGACAAAGUCCGACGCCUGUCAAUGCAUAAUUCUUUGCAAUACGUACAGAAAAACAGGUGCGCUUCUCAACUACGUUCUCUGUUUAUGUUUGGAGUUACCGAGAAGCCAGUACUGCAUACAAUUUUUCCUGGAGGUUUUAGGCUUCUUAACGUGUUAGAUUUGCAAGGCGCACCUCUAAAUGCUUUUCCAGUUCAAGUUGUCAACCUUUUCUUUUUGAAGUAUCUAAGCUUGAAAGGUACGAGGGUGAAAACCAUUCCGAGAUUUAUAGGGAAGCUUCAGAACCUGGAGACUUUGGAUCUGAAGCAUUCUCUGGUCACUGAACUCCCAAUUGAAAUUUUGAAGCUUCAACAUCUACGUCAUCUUUUAGUAUAUCGUUAUGAAUUUGUACCAUAUGGAGAUUUUCACUCAAAAUAUGGCUUUAAGGUGCUUGCAAAAAUAGGGGCUCUAACUUGUCUUCAAAAGCUUUGUUUCAUCAAGGCAAACCAAGAUGGAGGUGCCAUAUUAAGAGAGCUGGGGAAACUAAUUCAGUUGAGACGGUUAGGCAUUGUGCAUAUGAGGAAACAAGACGGAAAGUCUCUUUGUUCAUCCCUCGAAAAGCUGACCAAACUUUGCGCAUUGUCCAUAACUUCAGUAGAAGAGGAUGAGAUCAUUGACCUGCAGCACAUUUCUUCUCCUCCUCUACUACUUCAGCGCCUAUACUUGCGUGGACGAUUGGAAACAUUGCCUCACUGGAUACCUUCUCUGCACAGCCUUGUUAGAUUAUAUCUGAAAGGGAGUAGGUUAAGGGACAAUCCGCUUGUAUUCAUUCAGUAUCUGCCGAACCUAGUACAUCUCGAAUUAUCUCAGGUGUUUGAAGGAGACACAUUGUGUUUUGGAGCUGGAGGAUUUAAGAAGCUAAAACAUUUAGGCAUUGAUGAAUUUGAAGAACUUAGAUGUAUAGAGGUGCAGGUGGGAGCAAUGCCGUCCCUGCAAAAGCUAAGUAUCCAGCGAUGUAAAUCGUUAGAGAAGGUGCCAUCCGGGAUCGAACACCUGAAGAAGCUGAAGGUGCUGGAAUUCUUUGAUAUGCCGGAAAAGUUAAUCAAGACGCUGAGUCCACAUGAACAAGGCAACGAUUAUGGGAAGGUUGCGCAUAUCCCAGAAGUUUAUUUCACCUACUUGAGAGAGUCAGGGUGGGAGGUCUACCCCUUGGAGGGUCUGAAUGAAGGAGAAAAUUUUCCUCAAACCACUUCUCUCAUGAAGAGCCACGAACUCGAAACUCGAUGGAAGUAAUGUUUUUACUUCACUUGAUCCGUUUGAUAUUAUUAAGGAGAUGUUGUAUGUUGUAAAUUACUGUAAAUACUCUUGUAAAUAGUUGUAAAUUGUAAUAAUAAUCUUGUUCAAUUUGAUAUUUAUGUAUCUUUGUAAACUGUCAAGUGAAAUACAGAAGCUUUCUUAUCUUCUUCUUCAA